AAAGCUUGGAAACCACUCUCUAUUCUUUCUUUUCUUCUCGGCUGUUUUUCUUUUGUCACGAAGAAUAUGCCAAGCCGGCGAAAAUCUGGCAAAAAUGCUCCGAUUCUUAGCCAUGAAUUUGUGAUAACAAAUCAUGGAGAUAUAGUCUCCUGUGUAUGUAUGGUUUUCAUGAUCGGGCUGAUGUUCCAGGCAACAUCGAAAGUGGCGACUGUUUUUAUCGCACCUCAACACAAUGUGUCGCGAUCUCUGAAUGGAACAGAAGACUUGCCAACCAAAUACACAAAUGGACCAAAGGAUUUUUGCACCAUUUUCUUUUAUUCAAUGGCAUGGAUUGUGGUGCAUGCAAUCAUUCAGGAAUAUGUCUGGGAUAAAGUGUCCAGGAAACUUCGUCUAUCAAAGACAAGAAAUACAAAAUUCAAUGAUUCUGGAACUUUACUUCCUUUAUAUUUCUUCUUUGCUGCUUGGGGAGCUGAUAUUAUAGUGAAGGAAGGAUUUAUUCCAAAUAUUUCAAAGCUCUGGGAAGGUUAUCCACACAAUGAAAUGUCAUUCACACUCAAGUUCUACUUCAUCCUUCAAAUUUCCUUUUGGGUGCACUGCUUUCCAGAACUGUACUUCACAAGAGCAAAAAGGGAAGAAAUUUUCCCCAAAGUUCAGUUGUACAUUGAAUAUCUGUUAUUUAUCUGGGCUGCCUACAUGCUGAACUUUACUCAUGUCACCCUGUGCUGCCUGGUUGUUCAUUAUUCAGUAGAGACUUUGUACCAUGGACUGAGAAUGUUAAACAUCAGCGGAAAGGCAGAUGUUGCUCAGAGCUUGUUCUGGGUGUGGACUGUCCUAUUUGCAAUUGCCCGUUUUGCAAUCAUUGCCCUUACUGUCAUGACUUUCUGGUAUGGACUUCCCCGUCUGGACAAUGCUGGUCUAAAUGUGGAUGUAGGAAACUUUAACAGUCCACCAAUACGACUUGCUGCUAUGGCUGCAGUUAUUCUCAUGCAAGCCUGGCUGGCAUGGAAUUUCAUCUGGUAUCAGAUCAAGCUGUGGCGUGAGCGUGUAAGUGCUGCCACACCCUCCAAGAAGAAAGACACUAAGAAGAAAAGCAAGAAGGACAGUGACAAGAAGAAGAAAGAGGAAAGUGUUGUUGAGGAAAGUGAUGAAAUGGAAGCUGAGGAAUAUGAAAAAACAAAUGGUUCACCAAAGGCUGGCGGCAAAGCUAAAAGAUCUUAAGUUAUUGUGUUUGUACUUCCCUCCCUGUCAUCUAAUAGAUAGAGGGGAAUGAAAAGGUUUGAUAAUUUAUGUUGAAUAAAUGGCUAACGGAAAGUAGGAUUGAAGUGUGUGCUUUGUUACAUGUUAACAUUUUGAAGGGAAGCCCUUUUUUCUGAUUCUGUUGUUAUUAUGAUAAUUAUUAUAAGACCAACUGCCUGUAUUUUUAGUGCCAAAAUGGAUGUCAGAAAAAAAUUUUCCUCAAGGAAAUGUUUCCCUGUACUAGGAAAUUGCAGCCACCUCUCAACAAUCCAAGCUCAACAUCAUUUGCUUGAAUAAUUAUUCCCUGUAACUAUAUGUAGGAAGGUGGCUGGCCGUAAAAGGAGAAACGGUGAUGGAAUAAUAAAGAAAGCUUCCACCUCUGGGACAGGGUGUUGUGAAACUGACGAAAAUGUCUUAAAAUGUGAAGUUUUGUUUGAACUAAUAAGAAGCAAGCCCCAAAAUCUACAAAUAGUGAAACAAAUACAAGCAGUAUGGAUGUUUGAAUUUAUUUUCCUCUAGGCACUAUUUUGUAUCAUAUGACUUCAUAUAGUUGCAGCUAUUGUCACAAAUUGAUAUUCCUUUAGUUUGCUAGAGCUUUGAGGGGAUCAGUGAUGGCCAUCAUGACACAUCCCAUGAUGUAAUGUGGUUGCACACUAAUUACAAAAAUUAGAUAUUUCUCACUUAAUUAAUAUACUUCACUCCCAUAUAUGCCACCAAAAUUUUAUUGAGAAGGUUGUUUUUGGUAAUUUAUCAAGAGCCUGUCCUGAGUGAGGAGGUUUUCAUUUAUUGUGGUCUCUUUGUUAUUUGUAACAUUACUAAUAGCUACAAUGAGUGGUAAAAGUAUUUGACACACUUACGGUAACUCAGUGGUUGACAACCUUCCACGCAACAUAUAAUAAACAGGAAUAUUUUAUUUCAUCUCUAAUAAGUUUCUUAAAAGUCCCCUCUUCCCCCCAGACAAUGUUGACAAAAAUUAGUGAAUAUUUUGUUAACAUCAGGAAACAUUGAAAUGGGGGCAAGUGGGAGAUGAAUGAAAGUUAAAGAAAAAUGUAAAAAACACUUUUAGUAGACCACGCUGAGACUUUAGGCACUCAUUGUUUCAAAGUUCAUUUGUUCAUUUCCCCUAUUCCUCUCCAGUUGUCCUAAAAGUCAUUUUUCAACCAUCCUUUGUCAAUGUUCAGCCUUGUAUUGUAACCAUUAAGCUUCUCAUAUCAACUUGAAUGAAAAUAAACAAUCAUGGAAGGUUG